UUACCCAGCCAUGGCAGUCAGAGAGCUGCUGCCUGUCCUUGCAGACAGACAGCCAAGCGACUUUGACUGAUAAAUCCGUAUUAAUGUCGAUCGAUUAUCUUCUAGGAUUCUUCCGUGACACUGAGUUGCAAUUUUGUUUGGAACACCUCAACUAAAACUCUAAAAACCCAGCCAGCUACACAUUUGCAGGAGACACAGUGGGUUGUCGUGCAUGAAAGAAACAGUUUGGAGCGCCUCUCUACACAGAAAAGUAACACGUGUAGGUAGUGUUGUGGCCAAUCAGUUGUAGAGGCUCGAGCAGAGGGGUAUAAAUUUGAGGUGGUUGCCGUAGAGACGUCUGCCACCGAAGACUUGAACGCAAGAGCCUGUGAUAUCGCGUAAGGAAAGUUGCAGCAAAGCACACUACAGUUUCCCGCUUCAUGGACUUUGGACAACACAAUGUCUGAUGUGAAAGUCUGUCCCACUGUGAGUGGAAAUCCCCCUCCGCCUGAGGUCAUAAAUCCCAAGACGCCUGGACGUGUAACUAAUCAGCUUCAGUAUCUGGAGAAGGUGGUCAUCAAAGCUUUAUGGAGGCAUCAGUUUUCAUGGCCCUUUCGCCAGCCAGUUGAUGCAGUCGCGCUGCGUCUCCCGGAUUAUUAUACAAUUAUUACAAAUCCUAUGGAUCUGAGCACUAUUAAGAAGCGUCUUCGGAACAAAUAUUACUGGCAAGCACUUGAGUGUAUACAAGACUUCAACACCAUGUUCACCAACUGCUAUGUGUACAAUCAGCCUGGAGAUGACAUUGUUUUUAUGGCACAGACCCUGGAGAAGCUUUUUUUGCACAAAGUGUCAGAAAUGCCUAAUGAAGAGUGUGAAGUUGCAGCAAUAACUACAAAGGAACCAGUGAAAGGGAAACAAACGAAUGCAGGUGCAGUAAAGCAGAGAUCCCUUGUGUCAGAAGUUGUUCUGCAGCAGACAGUGACAGUCAUUCCUCCCGAUGUGCCUCAAUUCAUCCAACCCAUCCAGAUCUCUGCACAAAUUGAUGCAACAAUUAAAAAAGGUUUUAAAAGGAAAGCAGACCCCACAACCUCCACCACCUCAGUGAUUACCAGCAGUGAGGUAUCCCCUGCUGACAAUCAAUCAGCACCCUGUACAUUGUUCUCCAGGAGAGGCAGUGGGAGGCCCAUCAAACCACCUAAAAAGGACUUGCCUGUCUCUGAGGGCAAGAAGGUCAGACUGUCUGAGCAACUCAGGUUCUGCAAUGAUAUCCUUAAGGAAAUGCUUUCAAAGAGACACUAUGCGUAUGCAUGGCCCUUUUAUACCCCUGUUGAUGCGGUUGCUUUGGGCUUGCACGACUACCAUGACAUCGUCAAGCAGCCUAUGGACCUGAGCACCAUCAGGAGCAAAAUGGAUCAUCGAGAGUAUGCAGAUGCAAAGGAAUUUGCCGCUGAUGUCCGACUGAUGUUCUCCAACUGUUACAAAUACAAUCCACCUUCACACGAGGUGGUCUACAUGGCAAGAAAACUGCAGGAAAUUUUUGAGGGCCGAUAUCUGAAGGUUCCCCAAGGAGCAGAGGAUUGUUCCAUACCUCGUCAGCGAGUUGACAAGGGAAAAGGAGACCGAGUUGUGUCAACCUCCGCAAGUUCUGAAAGUGCAAGCUCCUCAGAGGCAGAGGGCUCACCAGAAGAGGUGGCCAUGCAGCUGGCCAAUCUAAAUGAGCGGUUGAAAGCUGUCAGUGAUCAGCUGAAGAGACUUGCCCAAGAGCCCCUGAUGAAACAAAAGAAGAAGGAGAAGUUGAAAAAAGAGAAAAGAUCCAAAGAAAAGGAUAUCGCCAGACUAAAGCUGAAAUCUUCGAAAUACAAAUCUAUUGUAGAAAAAAUGGCCAACAGCAAGCGCUCUACUUUGCAUGGCAACAGACACAAUGUUCAUGGAGUGCCUUUAAAAUGUGAGGAUGAGGUCCCAUCAGUACCAGUGACCUACCAGGAGAAGAAGCAGUUGAAAUUAGACAUCGACAAGCUGCCUGGUGAUAAACUGGGCAAGUUGGUGAACAUCAUUCAUGCCAGGGAGUCCUGUCUCCGAGAUUCCACUCUGGAGGAGAUUGAGGUUGACUUUGAAUUGCUCAAGCCUUCCACACUGAGAGCACUGCAGAUGUUUGUUGCGGCGUGUCUGAGGAAAUGCAACAAGAAUGUUAGCAAAAAAAAGCUGGUGAAGCCCACAGCAGAAAAGCAGACUGGGAAACUACAGGAUGCUGGGAGAUCACAGGUUGCCAAGAAAGAGCAGCGCUUGAUUAAGAAAAAAAAGCCAGUAGCUAAAGUCAUGGUGUCUCCUGACCUCAGCCAUCCUUCGCGCCUCAGUGACAGCAGCAGCAGCUCGUCAUCCAGCUCUGGCAGCGGCAGCAGCAGCAGUAGUCAUUCUAGCACUUCUGAUUUCAGUGACUCUGAAUCAGUGCCAAAAACGAAGAAGCAGAAAAGUAAAGACUCUUGCCGAAAGGUUAAGAAGAAGGUGACUCGUGCUGCCUGUAGUGAGCAGAUAUCAGAGACAAAAGAUUUGACUAAAGCCUCAGUCAAGACUUGUCUGCCUCCUCUUGCUGUGCAGUCCUUGGUAGCAGAAACCAAUGGCUACCCAACACACCGUAAUGCAGACCAGACCUGUGAUAAGCUGACUUUAUCACCUCCAGAUUUGUCUGCCCUUUUAUCCCCCAUGGCAUCUCCAGGAGUUUUGCUGGACUGGGCUGCCGCUAGAUUUGAGCAGGGCCCAGUGCUGUCCCCUUUGAGAGACAGCCCAAGGCAGUCCAAAGAUGAGACGAGUUCCAUCAUUAUACCAGAUUUCAGAAACCCUGAGGAUUUUCCUGACAGUCAGAUUUACACAGCAAGUAAAUCUGGUGAAGAGGAAAAUACCCAAAUUCACAAAAAGGACGUUGUUCUGAAAAAUGCAGAGUCUUGGGCGAGACUGGCGAGGCAGUCUGUUACUCCAACUGCAAUCAAGUCCUCAAAGCAGAGCUUUCAGCAGUUCCGUAAGGCUGCCAUAGAAAAGGAAGAACGAGAAAAGGCACUGAAGAAGAAACUGAUGGAAGGAAACAAGAAGAGGGAGGCUCCUGAAUCAAGCAGCUUACCAGGCCUAUGUAACGCAGAAACAAAUUCACAACCGAUUAAAGACGAUCCGGAUUCACCAGAGAGCAUUUGCACUGAAGCUUCUUUAGACACGCCUAAAGAUGUUGAGCAGCAAAAGCCAACAUCUCCCAUAGAAACACAACCUCUAACUACACAGUCCUCGGUGGAGAGGGAAAGAGAGAUGGCCCGCAAGAAGGAGCAAGAACGUCGCAGGCGAGAGGCUAUGUCUGGUAUUGACAUGACUUUGCAGCGGGACAUCAUGACUACAUUUGAGCUUAACCUGGACUAAAGAGCUGUAAACUGGGAUUUACUUGAACAAAUAGCCCUCUUUUUAAGACUUCUGUGGCGUCGCGGUGAAUAACUUGAGCUGUUGGUUUCUUUUCUCUCUGGCACAAAAGACAAUUUCACAUCAACCCCAAUGUAUGUUGACUAAAAAAUAAAAUUGUGACGGGGAGGGGGAAAAUUCAAUAAAAUAUAAAUGGGUCUUGCCCUUAAUUUGUAUUUGACAGGGUUGGUACAUGUCUGCACUGAUGCACUCGUGAAUUUGUGAUGAUGGGGGUAAGGCGCUGUCAAAAUUUCAAACCUGAAUCUAAUCUUUCAUGCAUGCUUUUUCUGUUUAUUUCACAUUUAGAUAAGUCCUAUAGCUUACAGUUGUUUAUGACAAGCUAAUUAAUGCAUCCAUACACUGUAGUUAAAAUGCCACCUUGUUUUGUUUGCUGAAAUGUGCAGUGUUUGGUUUUUCUGUAAAGUUUUCCCAUCUGAUGAACACUUGACUUCAUGUUUCUUUAUCCUCAUUCAGAAUAUACUAAAUGAUAAAACACUGGUUCAUACCUGAA